AUGUCGCGGUUGUUUCUAGCCGCGCCCGGCACUGUCCAGAGUAGAGCAUUCCGCGUUACACAGACUUUGCGACAUUCUUAUCGUCGCCGUUGCGCGGGUUCAUGCCCCUCCGUCGCCCACGCGACCCGUCGCCGUCGCACACUUCCCGCCACCGCCAUAGCGCACUCCCCUCCCGACGCCUUCGCGUACUCCCCUCCCGACGCCUUCGCGCACUCCCCUCCCGACGCCUUCGCGCACACCCCUCAACAGACUCACUCCCCUCUAUCCCGCACGAUAAACUCCAAUUCCGUCGCCCACCCGCACUUCCUUCGGUCGCCCAUACGCACUCCCUUCCGUCACCCAUGCGCUCUCCCGUCCGAAGCCCAUGCGCACUCCCUCCCGUCGCCUAACUGCACUCCCUUCCGUCGCCUAUGCGCACUCCCUUCCGUCGCCCACACGCACUCCCUGCCGUCGCCCACACGCACUCCCUCCCGUGGCCCACACGCACUCCCUUCCGUCGCCCACACGCACUCCCUUACGUCGCCCACACGCACUCCCUUCCGUCGCCCACUCGCACUCCCUGCCGUCGCCCACACGCACUCCCUCCCGUCGCCCACACGCAACCCCUUCCGGAGCCCAUGCGCACUCCCUUCCGCCGCCCAUGCGCACUCCCUUCCGCCGCCCAUGCGCACUCCCUUCCGUCGCCUCCCCAUCCCUCACCGCACGUUCCCCCCCAACAGGGACAACCGGAAGCGCGUGCUACAGCUGCUGCUGUGCUCGUGCUACAGAGCUACGCGAGAUGAGGUGCUCUGCGACGCGACGCAGAUCAGCCCUCCUUCCCCCCACCCUCUGCUCUCCUUCCCCCCACCCUCAGCCCUCCUUCCCCCCCACCCUCUGCUCUCCUUCCCCCCACCCUCAGCCCUCCUUCCCCCCCACCCUCUGCCCUCCUUCCCCCCACCCUCAGCCCUCCUUCCCCCCACCCUCAGCCCUCCUUCCCCCCACCCUCAGCCCUCCUUCCCCCCACCCUCUGCCCUCCUUCCCCCCACCCUCAGCCCUCCUUCCCCCCACCCUCAGCCCUCCUUCCCCCCACCCUCAGCCCUCCUUCCCCCCACCCUCACGCCUCCUUCCCCCAACCUCAACGCUCCUUCCCCCCACCCUCAGCCCUCCUUCCCCCCACCCUCUGCCCUCCUUCCCCCCACCCUCUGCCCUCCUUCCCCCCACCCUCUGCUCUCCUUCCCCCCACCCUCAGCCCUCCUUCCCCCCACCCUCUGCCCUCCUUCCCCCCACCCUCAGCCCUCCUUCCCCCCACCCUCAGCCCUCCUUCCCCCCACCCUCAGCCCUCCUUCCCCCCACCCUCACGCCUCCUUCCCCCAACCUCAACGCUCCUUCCCCCCACCCUCAGCCCUCCUUCCCCCCACCCUCUGCCCUCCUUCCCCCCACCCUCUGCCCUCCUUCCCCCCACCCUCUGCCCUCCUUCCCCCCACCCUCUGCCCCAUACCGCAUCACCCCAUCCCAAGAGCACCCCAUUCCGCCCCACCCCACCUCAAGGUCACCCCAUUCCGCCGCACCUCCCUCUGUUCCUCCCAUCCUCCAUCCUCAUUUCCUCCCUGCCACCCUUUCUCCUCCCCACCCUCCUCCCCAGCCUCUCUUCCUCCCCUCCCUUCUGCUUCUUCCCCAAACGUCCUCCAUACCUCCCUUCCUCCCAUCAUCACUUCCUCCCUUCCUUCAUUCCUGCAGUCCUCACUUCCGUCGCCUCCGUUCCUCCCUUCCUCAUUUGCCAGUUGUCAUUUUGCAUGCUUGUUUCCCUUAUACCGUACUUCAGCCACGUCACAUCUGACUUCUUGGUUUGUGUUUGGACAGGUCUGCUAUGCAUCUGGUUGUGAUGGGCUGGCUGUCUGA